GCGGCUUCCCCUCUCUUACUGCCUUGUGUUUGUGAGUUCCCAUUCCAGCCAGCCCAGCCUGUGCCUCACUCUCUUGAGUUUCUCCAGCAACGAUGCAAACCUCCCAGCAAACCACAUACUCCCUGCGCACCUCGUCCUCUGGCAAAGGCUCUGUCUACAGGGCCCCCACCAUCCAUGGUGGCGCUGGGGGGAACCGUGUCAGCAUCUCAUCCAGUGUGCGCAGUGGGCUGGGAGCGGGAAUGGGCCAAGUUUCAGGAGGAGGCUUCUCCAGCAGCGUCCAGGUGAGCGGCAGCGGGAGCAGCAUCACCGGCAAUGAGAAGUUUGCCAUGCAGAACCUCAACGACCGCUUGGCCAACUACCUGGAAACGGUCAGAAACCUGGAGCAGGCCAACCAGAAGCUGGAGAUUAAGAUCAAGGAGGCCUUAUCCAAGAGCGGACCGGACUUCAGAGACUACAGCAAGUACCAGGCCAUCCUGGAUGACCUGAGGAGGAAGGUGAGGAUGAAUUUGGCCAAUGUACUUUGUCAUUUAAGCUAAAACCAUGUGGCGAGUAGGAUGGGGACUGCCAGGUCAAAGGUGAAAUGAAUGAAUGAAAGCCAGAGUGAGAAGAAUCGUGAGUGUGCUUUAGUGUGAAACCUGAAAGCGGUCGGUGUUAAUCAUCAGCAUUGAAUUACCCAUCAGACAGAGUAGACUGGCCUCCUGUGGGUCCAUGGCAAAGACUUACAGGCCUCCCUCCCCCCGCUACUGUGCCUCUGUGGACCAGGAACCGGGGGCUGGACCGGAAAUAGAAUGGAGAAGGAUCAUGAUAGGUCACAGAGGCCGGAAAACAAAGAUAAACAAAAUAAAAAGGCCCAGGCA